CUUAGAAACCAUUCAUAGGCGGGCGCCCCCAGCAGGCGUUUUAUAACUACCGCUCGUCGUUAUGCUUACUGUGUCAAGUGCUGUCGUGAAGGACGGUAUGAUCUUAUCCUCGGGGCCCGCGAUGGAAGAAGCAAUGCUACUUGUCAUGACCGCCGGAACUCCUGUAACACUUGUGGAUGGAUACGGUACCCUGAUUUGGUGUCUUGAGAGUUCUGUGAGAGUGCGGUCCAAGUUCUGUUCCCGUCCCGGGAUAAAGUCCGCGGCGAGUGCUCGCGACCGGCACGCGGGGAACGCAAGCGACUGUCUGAGCAGCCAGAAGUCCUGGGCCCAGUGCGUUGGGUCAAUGACAACGGGGUUACGGAGAAGGGAUUCGCAUCUUAACGUUAUUUGAUGGCCAGACCGGACCGGGGUCCGUCUGUAAUGCACGAAUGAGCGAGGUGAAGAGAGAACUGCGGAGGAGGGAGGAGACCACAAGGCGUCAACAAGGCAACUACUCUGAUCUGCUUGGCCGUGACUUUUUGCGGGUCUUGAGGUG